UGACGAUCAUGGACAACUGCCACUAGCCAUGAAGCCGGAAGUGGUUAUGAAAUCAAAGUAAUCAAACCAUUCCACAAGUCUUAUCAGAGAGGCAAAUGCUCAUACAAAAAUAAAAACUAUUCAUUUCCAAUGCAAAGUUUACACUGAGAGUUUUGACAGGUUACAGAGAUUUGAUUAGAAAAACAAUUAGGAUUUUAAGAGAAAUGAUAAUGAAAGCAUUUCCCUUUCCCUCAUCAAGUGCUCACUUUGGUUAGCUUAGAAGAACUAAUUUUUCUGUUUCAAAACCUCAGCUUCAGCCCUAGCCAUGGGAUCAUCCUUCAUCUCUUCAUCUUCCUUUUCCCCUUCUCGAUCUUUGGCCAUUUUCUUUUGAUGCAACUCCUUUGCAGCCUCCAUUGCAGCCCGAUUCUCUGCCUGAAUUCGCUGCAUUUCCUCUUCUUGCUGCUGCCUUUCGAACCACGUGUCAGCAUCCGCCCAAACUACAAAAGAUUGAAGCAAAUACAAGCAGUGGGAAAUUCAGUGAAAGGAGUAUAAUUUGAUGGAGGCCAAAGCUCAAAUGGUAAUUCUAGAGAUAAGAUUUGGAGUAUAAUUUGGAGGAUGAAGAUAUAGAAUAAAGUGAAGUUUUUUGUGUGGAGAGCCUGCAAUGAGAUGAGAUCCUUCCAAUGUGUGUAAACCUGUGCAAAAAGAGAGUGCUCCAUCAACCAGUUGCAAAUUGAGUGAAGAAGACACUAUACAUGCAUUAUGGGGAUGUGAAGAGGUGCAAAACAUAUGGUCAUGCAACGAAGUCUCACUUGGCUGUACCACCCCAAGUUACCUAGAUUUUAUGAGUUUGUUCUGGAGAAUUUUAGAGACAAGUAAAGAUACAGUUGAACAGUUCAUUAUGUGCCCUAGAUGAUAUGGAAGUCAAGGAAGAGUUGGAUGUUUGAACAAAUAAGUAAGCCUUCGAGUUCUAUAACCUGAGAAGCAAUUAUGCACACCUGCAAGAAUAUAAAGAGAGUGUGUUUAAGAGGUGUGAGACCUGAACCUUCGCAAUGGAACACAAUUGAUCAGAGUUGGAAGCCGCCAAGAGCACCAUUGUAUAAAGUUAACUUUGAUGGUGCAGUUUUAGAGAGCAAGAGUAUCUGGAGUUGGUGUACUGGUGCGGGAUGCAAAAGGGAUGCUCAUAGCUGCUUUAAGCCAUAAGGGUCCAGCAAUUACAGCAGCAAUGCAGGCAAUAAAAUUUGCCUAUGAGAUUGGGCUAUGCGACAUUAUUAAAGGAGACUCUUUGAGUGUGAUUGAAAAGCUUCUAGCUCAUGAGGAAGACAGUUCAUGGUGGGCAAAUUUAGUACAAGAGGCAAAGAUGGGGCUAAUGCAGUUCGGAACCUGGGAGGUAAGCCACACCAGAAAUGAGGCCAACAAUACAACUCAUAUCCUUACUAGACAUGCACAGGGACUCGAUGAUUGUGAAGCUUGGUUAGAGAAGCCACUCCUGAUAUGAAUAUUUUGAAGCAGCUUGUGCCUGCCAAACAUCGCUUCAGUGGUUUAACCAGGCGUUGUAGAGCACUGCGUUCUUCCUACCUCCAUUCAUCCACAGAUGCCUCAGUUGAAGUUCAUUCUCCAGAGCAGGAGGUAGUGAUUGCUUUGGAGAGCAAUGUGGGAGACAGACUGGAUAAUUUUAAUAAUGCCUUGGAGUUGAUGAACAAAUCAGGCAUAAAUAUUACAAGACAUGCUUGUUUGUAUGAAACAACUCCAGCAUAUGUGACUGAUCAGCCUAACUUUCUCAAUUCUGCGGUCAGAGCCAUUACUAAACUUGGCCCACAUGAAUUACUGGGAGUGCUCAAGCAAAUUGAAAAGGACAUGGGUCGUUCCGAUGGUAUAAGGUAUGGUCCAAGGCCAAUUGACUUGGACAUAUUGUUCUAUGGAAAGUUCAAGGUCCACUCUGAUAUUCUUACCAUACCCCAUGAAAGAACUUGGGAGAGACCAUUUGUAAUGGCCCCUCUAAUGGAUUUAUUGGGAUCAUCUGCUGAUUGUGAUACUGUUACUUGUUGGCAUUCUUUUUCACUGCUAUCGGGUGGACUUUUAGAGUUUUGGGAGAAAAUGGGUGGUGAAUCCCUUAUUGGAAAGGAAGGCAUGAAAAGGGUUUUACCCAUUAAAAGUGGUUUAUGGGACUGGUCACAGAGAACCUCUGUCAUGGGUAUCCUUAAUGUGACCCCAGAUAGUUUUAUUGUUGGAGGAAAGUUUGUCUCUGUGGAGGCUGCAGUUACUCAGGCCCGCUUGAUGAUUUCUGAAGUUGCUGAUAUGAUCGAUAUUGGUGCUCAAUCUAUACGGCCAAUGGCCUCUAGGAUAUCCGCUGAAGAAGAAUUAGAUAGACUAAUGCCUGUUUUAGAAGCUGUUGCAAGGAUGCCGGAGGCAGAGGGAAAGCUCAUAUCAGUUGAUACUCUCUAUUCAAAAGUUGCUUCUGAAGCAGUCAGCAAAGGGGCUCAUCUUCUAAACGAUGUAUCUGCUUGGCAAUUAGAUUCUAACAUGCUUAGGGUGGUCGCUGGCCUUAGGGUUCCAUAUAUUGCAAUGCACAUGAGAGGGGAACCACAUACAAUGCAAAAUAGCAAAAACCUACAGUAUGAUGAUGUUUGUAAGCAGAUAGCGUUUGAAAUAUACUCGAGGGUUAAGGAUGCAGAAUUAUCAGGUAUCCCAGCUUGGAGGGUAAUUAUUGACCUUGGAAUUGGAUUCUCAAAGAAAACUGAACAUGAUUUGGACAUCCUAGUGGUAUUACCAAACAUUCGUGCUGAGAUUGCAAGGAAAAGUUUUGGUGUCUCUCAUGCUCCCAUGCUGAUUAGACCCUCCAGAAAGAAAUUUUUAGGUCACAUUUGCUCUCGAAUUGCUGCAAAUGAGAGAGAUCCUGCCACUAUUGCUUGUGUCACUGCUGGUGUUUUGGGUGGAGCAAAUAUUGUACGAGUACAUAAUGUAAGAGACAAUGCAGACUCUGUAAAGGUCUGUGAUGCAAUGCUAAAACAAAGGAGCACAAAAAAUCUCUCUUGAUGUUUGCUUUGUAACAUGAUGUCCAUUUAGUUGACGCAGUCUUGUCAGCUUACAAAAGUGCAUGGCAUUAACCAGAUUCUUUAUUGUUGUU